AUGGGAACUGUAGUUGGAAGUGUUGAUGACUGCAGAGAGAUGUUUGAGGGCAGUGCUCAAACAAGGAUCUCACCGUUUUCUUCUACAAAUCAGAUUGGAAGUCCUGUUGCCUACAAACUCGUCCGGGUUGCAGGAGAUGGGAGCCUAGUGCCCGCAACCGAUGAAGAAAUUCUGGAGGUCAACGAGACAGAUAUGCAUAUUGCAACAGAUGCUACUAGUCAGGCUGAAGAGUUACCUUCUCGGUCGUCUCAGCUAGAAAGUUCUGAAGGUUUGUUGCAGUCUGACAAUGUGGAACCAUAUAUGGACCAGGUGAAUUCUCGACUUGAGUAUAACGAGGAGAUGUUGCAAGAGGUCGAACAAGAAGAUCGGAUUGGCAUGAUUCAUGGAUCUCAGCUGCUUUCAACUCCUCCGGAUGCGAACAUCCAGUUUUCUUCUAAUGAAAACAACUUGUUUAAUGAUGAAGCUUUGCUGCAGGAACCCACUCCUAUCUCAUCAGAUGUUCAGAAUGAAUGCAAUAAGGCUGAAGCAUACUCAAACGCAGCAGAUAGUCCGAGAGAAACUGAAUCUCCUGCUGCUGCUUCUCAAAAGCCUGAUUUCUCCUUAGUUAGAGGCGAGAUAUGUUUGGAUAAUCUACCGAUCAAAGCACUGCAAGAAACCUUCAGGGCAACGUUUGGCCGUGACACGACUGUUAAGGACAAGACCUGGCUCAAAAGGAGGAUCACAAUGGGACUUACCAACUCCUGUGAUGUACCAACAACGAACCUGACAAUUAAAGAUAAGAAGCUAGUUGCAAAUCAAGAGAAGUCCACUGAUAUGAGUGAUGAGGUAAGAGCCACAAAUCCUUCUGGCCAUAGUCUCAGAGGCAACCACUAUUGUGCUGGUGAGGAAUUUUCCUCUGAAGAGAGGGCUGCAAAGAGAGUUAGGAAACCUACAAAAAGAUACAUUGAGGAACUCUCAGAAACUGAUGAAAAACAGCAAAAUGACAACAAGUCAGUAGUGCUUCCUUCUUCAAAAGAUCAGAGGCUAUCUGAAAAAUCUGAGGUCAGGUCUAUUAGUGUCUCCUCAGGGAAGAGAGUUACUGUCACCAGGAUGGUGUCCCUUGCUGGAUCUGAAAUUGAGGUUCCUUUUGUUUCUCAUGUCCGGAGAAGCCGCCCAAGAGAGAACAUUAUGGCUCUUAUGGAAUCUCAUUCCAGUUGCUUGGAAGCCAAGGCUAGUGCAGGAGACAGUAACCUGAAUCUAAACCCAUCUCAGUUAAACAGUGAUGUUGUGAACCGAGGCUCAGUGUUUGCUACAAGUCACAAUAACAAUGAGGAGCAUAUUCUGAGUGAAGUUGAUCAAGACAUGGAGCCAGAGUACAUGGACUCAUCUGGAAACAGCUCAGAUGACAACAGUAACGUCAAUGUGCCAAUCAUGCAAGGUGCUGGGCUUAGAAGGAAGCAUCAUCGAGCUUGGACUCUCUCUGAGGUUACAAAACUGGUCGAAGGUGUAUCCAAGUAUGGAGCUGGGAAGUGGUCUGAAAUCAAAAAGCUUUCCUUUUCAUCUCAUUCAUACCGUACCUCUGUAGAUCUCAAGGACAAAUGGCGAAAUCUUCUAAGAGCAAGCUUUGCUCAAAGCCCAUCAAACAAUAUGGGAAGUCUCAAGAAACAUGGGUCCAUGCACAUUCCUAUGUCGAUUCUGUUGCAAGUAAGGGAGCUCGCAGAGAAGCAAUCACUGGUUCCUACCCGGUGA